CCCGAUUUCCGGUAGUGAGAAAGGCGAGCAAGAUGGCGGACUGUGGCUUUCCCCUUUUUAAAUGACGAUAUAACUGUUGUACUGAGUCACAGCAGCUAUAACUAACACAUACCUCAAAGAUUCGCCUUUUCUAAAGCCCACGAAACGUGCAUUGAGUUUGGAGCGAUGGAGUGUUACGUGAAGUGAAGAUUGAAGACGUGAUAGAAGAUGGACGACUACUGCUAUGCUAAGAUGGCGACGUCCGCUAAAAGAGAACAUGAAAGAGAAUCAGCGCCACCAACUUCCAGCAAAUCACCAACGGAGAUAAAGACGAAAGGUGAAGACGUCCAGCAGCUGAUCGGUAAUCCAGAAGAAGUUUCCCCUCAGUUAGGGGGGAGCUCCACUUUGAAGCAGGAGACUCCACAACCACCUCACAUUAAAAAGGAAGAGGAGGAACUCUGGAUCACUCAGGAGGGUGAUUGUUUUCUCGGAUUGCAGGAAGCUGAUCUCACCAAGUUGCCACUGACUGUUGUCUCUGUGAAGACUGAAGAUGAUGAAGAAAAACCACAAGUAGACAACCUCUUAGCUCCACUAUCAGAUAGUGAGGCUGAAGACGAGGUUGAAGAACCUUUGAGCAGCGAUACAGACUGUGAAGGUGAUAUGAGGACUCACACUGACAACCAGGACUCUGAAUUCUCUAAAAAUAAGAGAGGUAAAACAUGUUUGAUUUGCUCAGUUUGUGGUAAAAGUUUUACUAAAAAGAGGUAUAUGACUCAACACAUGAUAACACACUCAGGAGAAAAAACAUUUACUUGUUCAGUGUGUGGCAAAAGCUUUUCUCAAAAGAGGAGUUUGCUUCAACACAUGGGAACACACACUGGAGAAAAAACAUUUAGUUGUUCAGUUUGUGGUAAAAGUUUUACUCGAAAGAGCCACUUGAUUCAACACAUGGGAACACACACAGGAGAAAAAACAUUUAGUUGUUCAGUUUGUGGCAGAAGCUUUUCUCGAAAGGGAACUAUGAGUCAACACGCGAGAACACACACAGGAGAAAAACCAUUUACUUGCGUAGUUUGUGGUAAAAGCUUUUCUCAAAAGAGCUGUUUGCCUCAACACAUGAGAACGCACACGGGAGAAAAACCAUUUAACUGUACAGUAUGUGGCAAAAGCUUUACCAUGAAGACCCAUGUGACUAAUCACAUGAGAACACACACGGGUGAAAAACCAUUUAACUGUUCAGUUUGUGGUAAAACAUUUUCUCGAAACAUCCAUUUGACCCACCAUACAAAAUUACACACGGGAGAGAAAUCAUUUAAGUGUUCCGUUUGUGGCAAACCCUUUUCUACUAAGAGGUAUUUGACUCAACACAUGAGAACACACACCGGUGAGAAAAUGUGUAAUUGUCCAGUUUGUGGUAAAACGUUUUGCCGAAGCAGCUAUUUGCCCGAACACAUGAAAUUACACGCGGAAGAAAAACCGUUUAACUGCUCACUCUGCGGCAGAAGCUUUUCUUUUAAGGGCUAUUGGACUAAACACAUGAAAACACACACAGAAGUGUUUCCAUUUAGUUGUUCAAUUUGUGGUGAAAGGUUCCCGCAUAAUGCAGACGCAGUAAAACACGCAAGAACGCACAUGAGACAGUAAACAGUCAGCUGUUCAGUUUGUGGUAUGUUGCUCAUAUGUGGUGACAUCCACCCAAACCCAGGACCUCCUCACUGCUUCUUUUACAAAUAUCUGAGGUAUUCGUAUACAUUUGGAGUAUCUGGAGCAUAACUCAUGUCCUCGUGACUCCACGUUUUGUGUGUAUCUGAAACUUUCCUGAAUAGUAAGAUAGAUGAUGCUUGUAGUGUUUGUUUACUCCUUUAGUCAAGACAUCAUCAUGUGUGUCUCGCUGGGGAUGAAGUGUAGUCUUCUUCAGUGAUGACUUUACCGCCUCCAGAAUGUCUGGCUUUGAUCACCAACAACAUGAAUCAAUCUGCCUGAAACUACACCCUCCAGGUCGCCUGGGGCCUCAUGUGUUAAAACUUGUGUGAAUUACUUACUAAUAAAUGGUGUGCGCUCAAAUCCAGAGAAGGUCACACGUGCAACAAAAACUCAGAUGGCUUAACCCUUGUGUAAUGUUCAUAUUGGUGUUACUCAGCCAGCGUUUGUGGGUCUGAUGGACCCGUUGCAUUUUGUGGCUUUUAAUGCCUCACAAUCAAACACUUUUAUGUUAAAAAACUGAACAGAUGUUUACC